AUGGCGCUGAGCGGCCAGGUCAGUGGGCGCCCCGGGCGGCGGCGGCGUCGAACCCGGAGCCUGGCCGUUGCGUGGCGGGGAGAUGGCUCGUCCCCGUGGGGAGUGGGACGCAGGGGGGGGGUGCGUAGGCCGCCGGCCGAGCGGGGCGGCAGUGCAGCCCCCGGGGGGGGGGAAGGGGUGGGGGGCGGGCGGGAGAGGAAGGCUGCCCCACCGCCGCACGUCCGUUGGGGAUGCUGCGAGGAAGAGACGCCUGGGGGGGGAGGGCUGCGGGGAUCGUGUGGGGCGGGGAAAGGUAAGGGGGGAAAGGAUGUCCUGACAGGAUUUAUAUAUGUGUACACACACACACACACACACACACACAUGCCUUUCAAGAAUAGAGGGAUGUCAACUAUAUCUAUAUCUAAUCUAUAUAUAGACAUAUAUAUGUAUGUAUCUAUGUAUAUAUAUAACUGUAGUUGCAGGUAGGUAGCCGUGUUGGUCUGCCGUAGCUGAAACAAAAUAAAAAAAAAUCCCCCCCAGUAGCGCCUUAGAGACCAACGAAGUUUGUUAUUGGUAUGGGCUUUUGUAUGCAUCCGAAGAAGUGUGCAUGCACAUGGAAGCUCAGAGCAAUAACAAACUUAGUCGGUCUCUAAGGCGCUACUGGAAGGAUUUUUGUUUUAUUUUAUAUAUAACUGUGUGUCAUGGAAAGUUACAUGUGCGUUUGUGUACAGCUAUUUCUGUGUGCCAUGAAAGACACAGGUGCGUGUAUGUGUCAUUAUUUGUGUGCGCCUUGAAAGACACAUGUGCAUUUGUGUAUAACGUACUGGUAUGUGCCUUGAAAGACACAUGUGCAUUUGUGUAUAAUUGUUUCUUUGUGCCAUGUAUGCAUGUAUUACUCUUUGUGUGUCUUGAAAGACACAUGUGCGUGUGUGUAUAACUUACUGGUGUGUGCCCUGAAAGACACAUGUGCAUUAGUGUAUAAUUCUUUGUGCCAUGUAUGCAUGUAUAACACUUUGUGUGUGUCUUGAAGACACAUGUCAAUGUGUGUAUAACUUACUGGUGUGUGCCCUGAAAGACACAUGUGCGUUUGUGUAUAACUAUUUGUGCCUUGAAAGCCACACACAUGUAUGCAUGUAUAACUAUUCGUUUGUGUCAUGAAAGACACAAAUGUGUAUGUAUGCAUGCAUGCAGAGAGCAUGUGGCACCAAACUUGCAAAGUUAUGCUAUCUUCUUUAUCCAGAUCAAAUUUAAUAUACAAGUCCACCCCCACCUUUUUAUAUAUUCUAUUUCAAGCAGCAAACAAAACAUUUAUUUCUCAAAACUGAAUUUCGAAUUACACAUAACACCAAUGUAUUUUAGUUACAUAAGAACAAUUGUUGCCUUCAUGGACAAAUGUCCUUGUUUGACACUCCUAGAUAUUUGUUUGGUUUGGUCUUUCUUUUCUCUGUUUCUGAUACUUUGUUACAGCUGUUUUUCUUGUAUAUCCAUUGGAAAAAAAUAAACAAACUCCCAUCAGAUUAUCUCUUACAAUUUUAAAUCAUGUCUGGAAUCACCACACAUUGGGAUUAUCUGCUUAAAACAUUAAAGCCAAGUUUGACAUGUUUGUCAUCAGCUUUUAACCUUUAAAUCUCUAAAAAGUCUGGGUCUGGAGUAUUUUAGGGAGUGUAUUUUCCUGCGUUAUCUCACCCCUGACAAGUGAGAUAAGUGUGAAUUCCAUUGUCAAGGGUGGCUUGAUUGGCAUCUACUGAUAAUGGUUGUGACUCCUCUUCUGUAGAAAAGGGAAGUUUGCCUGAUCUAUGUGCUUGACUCUUGAGCAAAGCAAGAGGGAGGUGGGUGAAUCCUCAGUGAAAUAAUAGCCAAAUCCAGAGCCCUGACAGUUUUAGGGAAGUGUGUAUGUGUUGGGUGGUGGUAUGCCUGCCCUAGACUCCCCUUGUUGGGGGAAUGGGUAGGCUUUAGAUCCUGUUGAUAUGAAGCUUCUCUCAAUGUGUCACCAUGAAGAGUGAGGUCUGCAAUAUCAGCUGCCCUUAGAAGAGUAGUUAAUGCUCAAUUUGCUGGAGCUUUUGAACUCCGGUUUGUACUUCUGAUAUCAUCUCCUGGCUGGCUUUAAUCAUUUGAUUGGUAUUGUUUUUAUUGAAUCUGUUGUUUGAAUUUUGCCCCUAUGCUACCUUGGAUUGAAAGGUGGCUUACAAAUACUCGUGAUGAUUUCUUUCUGUCCAUUAGAGGUACGAGGUACAUAACACUACUUGAAGUUUGUAUUUGCCUCAUGACCACACUCAUGCAAACAAUGGGGACAUAUUGGGGCCUCUAGUUGAUGCACAUCUGAGUUUGCGGAAGGUAGAGAAAAAGUUGGUGACCUUUUGGCUGAUGACCAAGAAUACCUUCGCCAGUCCUUGCCAUUUGGGAACAGAAAAGAAAAAUAUUUUAUAUCUAUUGGGUAAAAAUUCAAUUGUUUAUUUCAGUUAUAGGACAUAUUUACAUAUUCAACAAAAUCCCAAUUAUUUACUCUCUUCUGCGUAAGACAAGGGUAGACAAGCUGUUGCCCUUCAGAUGUUGUUGGCUUACAACGGCUAUUAUCUGUGAUCAUGAAUGGGGUUUAUGGGAACUGGAAUCUAGUAACAUCUUUCUCAUCCCUGCCCUAAGAACAUAAAAUGGACAUGCUGGACCAGAACAUGAGCCAGUCUAGCUAGCCAGGUACCUCUUAAACCUUACAAGUAGGUAAGAAGGUGAAGGUAUCAUUCCUUUCAGCAUGGAGGUUCUGUUUUGCUAUCUUGGCCAGUAGAUGCUAAUAGACAUCCCAGAAGGAGACGUCUAACUCCCUGUUGUUAGGGUAGAGAAGGGGCAGUGCUAAGCACUUUGUAUUUUUAUGUACAGUGGUACCUCAGGUUACAUACGCUUCAGGUUCCAGACUCUGCUAACCCAGAAAUAAUGCUUCAGGUUAAGAACUUUGCUUCAGGAUGAGAACAGAAAUCGUGCUCCGGUGGCGCGGAAGCAGCAGGAGGCCCCAUUAGCUAAAGUGGUGCUUCAGGUUAAGAACAGUUUCAGGUUAAGAACAGACCUCUGGAAUGAAUUAAGUACUUAACCUGAGGUACCACUGUACUUUGAUAAUCAUCAUCCAAUAAUCGUCCUUCAUAUGAAGUUGCUAUUACUAGGGUAAUGACUGUACCUUGACAUGCACUCUGCUUACAAAGGGUAAUUAAAGAUGCUCAGCGUAAUCUUUCACUAAGAGCAGCUCAACAAACAUUUCACUUUGUCUGAAAUCUGUUUAACCAGAUUACAGUGGUACCUUGGUUUAAGAACAGCUUAGUUUAUGAACAACUUGGAUUAAGAAAGCUGCAAGCCUGAAAGUAGGUGUUUUGGUUUAUGAACUUUGCCUUGGAAUAAGAACACGUUUCGCUUGCUGUUGAGUGUGUUCUAUUUGUAAAUAGAAUCCCCCACUGCCAGGGUUUGGUUUAAGAAUGGACUUCCGGAGCAGAUGUAAGUUCAUAAACCAAGGUACCACUGUGCAUCCACUUUGUUAGUUUUGCCUUAAUACUCCUGCAUCCCCUGUAAUAUGUGAAUACUCCUAAGUUUUAUGGUGAUGAGAUUCAAGCUUAAUGUGUUUUAACCGUGUGGACACAAUGUGUUUUCCUAACUGUUCUUAUAUUUAACCUGUAUACUGGAGAGAGGAGGGAAUCAAGCACAGUGUAUUUGAGCAAAAGUAAUUGAUGCACCUUGCUUCUUCCUUUGAUUAGAAAGGAUAUCCCACAACUCACAAGUGGUGAGGUGGAAACUAAAUUUAUAUUCUUUCUUGGUAAGUGGGAAAUAAAUGGCAAAGACCAAAAGCAGCACUGAAAAUAUUGAUUAUUACUGUUAACUUUGCCUGCUUUCUUGUUUGUUAAGCGCAAGAAAAAAUUUAGAUGCUCAAGGAAAUUUAAUUGCUUGUGCGUGAUCUUCCAUUUUUGGAUCUGACAGAUAAUCCCCUUUUCCUUUGCACAUAUUCUACUUCAGUGCCAGGAUAUUUUUCUUGGGUGAUAAAUGAACAAAUUACUUUUGAGCUGUGAGUGGGAGGAAUUGGAUGAGCAUCCCCUGUGUCCUUCCUCCCUACCCCUUGGCAAUGGCUUAGGGAUACUUCAUUAUUUAAACACACAGGGUUGCACUUGAAAUGUAUGUGCAUUUAACCAAUGUGAUUUCAAGUUUAUGCACUUGGCAAGGUGGGAGGGUGGGCAGUAGGCUGGGAGGAAAACAUAGGCAAUUCCACCUGCAAUUGCACUUGCAUUUGGAGGUGCAGUUAGAGUGUGUGUGUGUGACCUUAGGAGAGUAUUACAGGCCAUUUUCCAGUUUUAAAAUGGUUUUUUUGACUACAUGCAAUUGUGGUUUUAUGUGCUGUCUCUGGAACAUAACCCAAACAAAAGAUGUGAGUUGACUGUAUCUGACUUUACCAUAUUUUCUCGAGUCUGAUGCGCCAUCAAAUCUAACACGCACCUCAAUUUUCAGAACCUUGAAACCAAAAAAAGUCUUUGACGGUGAAUGUAAAUGUGCCAUCGAAUCUAAUACGUACCUUAAUUUUCGCAGUGUAAUUUGGCCAAAAAAGGUGAGCGUUAGAUUCGAGUAAAUAUGGUAGUGAUACUCAGGAAAGACCCAUUGAGGUGAAUGGUAUUAAGGUAGUUAUGAAUAUGACUUACUUGGGUACAGCCCAUUCUGACUUUUAUAUUCUAUAUCAAUGUGCAUGAAUAAAUAGUAGUGUGAGGAUAUUAAUGGAGGGCAAUUCAUGUCUGAUUUUUACCCCCAGCAGAGUCUGGCAGAGUUAGAAGUUCUUUGUAAACAGCUCUACGAGGGGACAGACUUAGCACAGCGAAUACAAGCAGAAAAGGUGCUCCUGGAGCUUAUUAAUAGUCCUGAAUGUCUUAGCCAGUGCCAGCUUUUACUGGAACAAGGAACAGUAAGUGCUUUAAACUUUAUUAUCUAAAUACACAUUCAUUAAAUGCCCAUCCUUUCUCUGCUUUUCAUAAACAGUAGUGUGAGAUUUGAAAGUAGUGAUAAUGAACUUUUGUAGAUUAAAAGGAGAUUCCCUCCAACCCCAAUGAAAAUAAGUUGGCUGCAACGUAAUCAUUGGAGGUGCUUUUUCUUCUGCUUGUUUUGCUUGUUUUGAUAUCAGAUUUUCAAAUGACACCCCCCCCCCCCCCGUUAUGGAUAAGGUUUGUACAAGCAUUAAUAAUUUAGAAGAACAUAGCAAAUAUGUCAUAUUUAUGCAUAAGUUAGGAGUUAAUCAGGCUUACCAUUCCACAUGAUAAUGGCUUGGUUUACACGAAUGAAAUAUUAGCUCCCUUGGGUAAAAUGGUGAAAUCAUUCUAGACUCUCCAAGUUUAUCAGUCUAAAGCUAUGAUCUGGCAGAUCAAAUCUAUGUAUUCAGGUUGAGCAUCUCUCUUCCUGCUUACGGACCGGGAAAGAGUCCCCUUAACUUAUAGAGCUCAGAAGCAGAAAGGGCCACAUUUAUGCAGUAUGAAGUCUGCAAUAGGGUCUAGAGAGUUUGGACUCAAUGUCCUUCAGCCACAGGCAACUUGGUCAGUGAUGAGGGAUGGUGGGAAUUGUAGCCCAAACCAUCUGGAGGGUACUGGGUUGUUGUUGGCAGCCAUUUGUCUUGAGAGACAAUGGAGCACGUCUCCAGGGAUGAAGUCAAAUUGCUGUGCUAGCAGCACUGAAGUGACCUCCCUGGGGUGCAAGCCUGGGCAAUGUGUGUGGAGGUCCUGGGCUGCCCAGAUGACAAACUCCUUUCUCGGCCUCGCUGAUGUUGCUUUAGUUGUUCUGAGAGAGCCGUGAUUUAAAAGGAGGGACUGUAGGGUCUAUGAAGGUCUGACCCUGUGUAUAUUUUACAGGCAUAUCCUUGAAAAUAUUAUAAUAGCUGUUAGAUAAAUACAGUAUGUGUCUUAAUCCCAUGUGUUUACAUAGUAAAUCUCAGGACUGAGCUGUAAAUUGUAUCAAAAUGCACACAUCCAAGUAAGUAGAGCAAAUUUGUGACAGCAAGGUUUUAGGAGAUGUGUUUCUUGGUGCAAGAUUAUAUUUUUGGAUGCUAUUUAAGGAUUUUUUAAAACGAAUAGUUAUUACUGCCACCUGAAUUGUGUGCGUUUUUCUCUAGACCUCUUAUGCACAACUGUUAGCAGCGACAUGCCUCUCAAAACUUGUGUGCAAAACACCUCCUUUACCUGUUCAGCAAAGGAUGGACAUCAGUAAGUAUUGUUUAUUCCUUUCAGUAUUGCAGUAGGGUAUUUUGUGUGUGUAAUGAUACAAAUUUCAAAUUGCCCUAGUAGUUAGUCAAAGAGUUUAAGAUUGCCAGUCAGAAUGAUUUUAGGUGUUCUUCAUUUAUAGCUGCUAUAUACUUUAUCAUUCUUUGAAAAACUGUUGAUGUUUCUAACUUCCAGAAAAAUCAGAUUAAGAUGUGAUCCGGAAUUUGUGUUGUCCUUUAUUUUUUAUGGGACAAAAUGUGUAAACAUGUGGGUGUGUUUGUAUUGCAUGAAUUAAAAAGCCUAAUAAUUUGAUCAGGAGCCUAGGUACAUAUAUAGCCCUCUCUAUGUCCUUGUUGUAAAUGAAUUUACCGUAUUUUUCGCUCUAUAACACGCACCCGACCAUAACACGCACGUAGUUUUUAGAGGAGGAAAACAAGAAAAAAAAUAUUCUAAACGAAACAGUGGAUGUAUGAUUUUUGUGGUUCAUGCUGUAGCCACAGACAUGUGAUCUGACAGUGAGUUUGGAGUAGCCCAAUGCAAAAAUCCUGAGGAUCCAUGUGGAUCCGUGCUUUGUAACCACGUUUGAAGUGGGGAGGGAAGGAAAAGCACUCAAGGGACAAGGAACAUGCGUGGGGUGGGUGGAGAAGGAUACUGCUAAUAAUGAAGAAGAGGGGUAUAAGGGGAGAAGGCUCCUCUCCUCUCCCGCUUUGUUUCUUUAAAGCAAGCAGGCUCUGCUUUUCUCCCUCCUCCCCGCUCAUCCCCGGCUUAAUGAGCUGAAAAACUUUGCUGCUAUUUAGCGAGCUGAGUGGGGAGGAGAGAGGGACAGAGAGCCUGCUUGCUUUAAAGGAACCAACCGGACAGGAGCCGCUUACACUCGUGUAAGUGGCUCCUCUCCUCUCCCACUUUGCUCCUUUAAAGAAGCAGGCUCUCUGUCCCUCUCUCCUCCCCACUCAGCAGCUCUUCUCCUGCUUUGCUGUUUCAAAGCGAGCCACGGAGGAGGUAAGGAAGGGGAACCAUGGAUCCUCUGCUCACGACUGCAGCAGAUCCCCCCCCCGCCACCCGUAGGCAUUCCCUCCAUAACACGCACAGACAUUUCCCCUUACUUUCUAGGAGGAAAAAAGUGAGUGUUAUGGUGCAAAAAAUACGGUAUUUUAAACUGUCCCAUUUCUUUCAGUAGUACUGAACUCAAAUACUUUUAGGUCUACUCCCUUAACUAGGUUUGAUGUGUCAAACAAAUACAGCAGCAGACAUCUUCCUCACCUGCUUUAUAAUAAAAAUAAAAAAUAAAUAUGAAUAGAUGUGCUAACAAAAAUUGGCUUCAGUUGCUACGCAUAAGAUAUAUGUUUUAUUUGGGUGUGGGCAUAAGAGUACAAAAUUCACAAAUAUCUGUGACUCUUUCAUAAUUAAUGUGGUACAUGCGUGCUUGGGUAUCAGUCCCAUAGUAUAAAAGUAUUGUAAGACAUGACUUUCAGUAUUUAUUGAAAUGAUCUAAAAUAUGGACUGUUAGUUUAUCAGUUAAUAACAAAGGAAAAGUAUGUUUUAUCUGGGGUAUUUUGGAGAAGUCAGCUACAUACUGAAUUGUGCAGCAGCUCCAUCAAAACCAGCCCAUUUUGUGAUUGAGGCUCCUGUUUAAGUCUAAGCUUAAGUUUCCUUCUUGUUUAAGGAAUCUAUGUAUGUGGGGUUAACAUCAAAUACUUGCUUAGCUCUUUAGGCUUCAAUAAUAAAGAGUUUCGUUAAUAGUACUUGCCUGUAGUUCUAGUCCAGGGACUUAACAUUUAAGGGAGACAAAGCCAUAUUUGGAUCUUUAUUCUGAGGCAUGCUGACAUGAGCAUGUUGCCUACUUGUAUCAAUGAUGGUAGAGAGCUGAAUUAAAAUAAACAGAACAUCUGGAGCUGAUAUGGUUGCUCAGCUAAUUUCUUGUUUAAUACAUAGACUUUUCAGAAUCUCAUCUUCACAGAUUCUGAAAUAAUAUAUUCAAGUAAACCUGGCACCAAGCUGUUUAGGGCUCAUUGAUAGGCAAGAGGCUUUAGAAUAAAUAGGGGAAAGUGAAUACUUGUAAUGGAGGAAGAAAAGUUUUAUUUAUAGAAUGUUGUAAUGCAUCAGGAUAUGAAAUAAGCCUUCUAAGAAAUUAAAAAGCCAAAUAGCACCCUGAUGUAGCUAAUCAGGUAGUCAUCAAACCAAGCUAAUCAAAAUAAUAGGACACAUGGUGAUUGAUUCCAGUUGGCAACUGGAAGCUCACAAGGUAUGGCAUACCCAAGUUUCCUGCAGGGUCUUGUCUGCCAGGAAACACCAAACGGUUGUGGAAUCUUUAGAGAACUAAAAGUGAGUCUGGUAAGCUGUUCCCUUAACCUUGGUAGUUUUGUUGAGCUAUAGCAGAAGUAGCCAAUGUGCUUGUUCUAUAACACCCAUUGGUCCUGUCCAAUAUGGCCAGUGAUUUGGGGUGAUGGAAUCUGUAAUCCCAACAGAGACAAUCAGGCACUGUUUUGGCUAUCCCUGAGCUUUGGUUUUGGCAUGGACAGCAUGGAAGCACUAUGCUUAUGAACAGCACUGGACAUUUUUCUUGUACAUUCAGCUGAUAUGUUCGGCCUUCUCAAAAAUACUAUUUCUUGAGUUAUUGUACUUUAAUAAUAGCACUAAAAUACCUGCACUUGCCUUUGAAGCAUUUAAUUAGGAAUAUUACUAUACAAUUUUCAAGAUCUGGCCUUCUGGAGACUCAGUCCGUGUAUUUCACAAUAACAACAUAACUUAGAAUAGCUUGAUGUAUUGAACAUAAAAUAAUUUUGAUUUAAUUUUUGGUAUUUCGGUACAGGAAACUACAUAUUAAACUAUGUUGCAUCUCGACCAAAACUGGCCCUUUUUGUGAUUCAAGCUCUUGUUCAAGUAAUUGCCAAGAUCACAAAGUUGGGUUGGUUUGAUGUUCAGAAAGACCAGCUCAUCUUUAGAGACAUUAUUGCUGAUGUUAAAAAGUUUUUGCAGGUAAGAGAAAGUGAACAUGACUGCUUGUUAAAAACAUUUCUGUAUUAAAUAUAGUAGUCGCAUAUUUUAAAUGCCAUAUGAUCCUAAGGAGGAGACACAGAAUGGAGAAAGUAGUUCAGUCAGCUGCAAAUUGUACGAUUAAGAACUGCCUGAAAUAUAAAAGAAGAGCCGACUAAAGGCGGAGACUAUUUAUGACUUUGUCAUGAGAACUGUGCUGUAGAAAAUGAUGCAACUGGAUGAAAAUGGAUGCAAAAUUGUAGCAUUGAAAUAGACCUCUUGCUAGUGUAAUGUUGCAUUGGCACUAAGGAGAUGUAUGGGGCUGCUGGGGAGGUGAUGCUAGAAACAGUUGGUUGCAUCUCCUUCCAAUAAUUUCUGCUCUGUACUGGAACUUUCCUCCAUGUCGAUCCAGCAGUGCCAGGGGUUGCUGCUGAAUGGAUCUAGCUUCUAGUACUGAAUAAAAACAAUGAUGUGUAAUUUGCACCAAAGUUUCCUUUGCCUGUUAAUAGUAGGGGCAGCAUAUGUAGAGACUGGUGAAUGAGAAGGCUUUUGUAUAUACAGGAAAUCCACAUGCAUAUGAAGCCCCAACCAGAUUUGGGAAGCUAUGCUAACCUAAGAGGGGAUCCAUUUAUUGUAUAUUAAAUAUUCUAUUUUGUGUUGUUCGACUCCUUCUCCCAUCAUUCCUGACCUUUGGCCAUGCUGGCUGGGGCUGAUGGGAGUUGGAGUCCAACAACAUCUGGAGGGCCACCCCUGCUAUAAACUCGAACCUUCAAGAAAUAACAAGAGUUAAGGUAAUGCCCAAGUCCUGGAAAUGCCUGUUUAAAGUUUUCCCUACUUAUGGGUGGUGCUUACCUUGAGAACUAAUUGAUAUACCCAGGACUGUGUGUUGAUUCUCUUCUUGUGAUUCUUAUGGCCAAGAUUGUUGCUGUCAUGCUCCUGUCUUCUCACCUGUUCAGUUCAAUAGUUUUAAAAAUUAAAACAGAAAAGGCACUUCAUUUGUUUCAAAUUAUGUAAGGCAAGGGGAGUUAAUAGAGAAAGGCAGUUUUCAAGGGGGUUAUUUUUCUGUGUGGGGAAAUGAGUUCCCUUAACUUGGAAUGAGAAAUGUAUUUUUAUCAUCAAAGCUUAGAUUAGGUAGUUUUUGCUACCCAACCUAGGUGGAAGUAGAGUUGUCAUGGAAUUUUUACAAAUUCAUUUGAAAGUAAAUAGUAGCUGCAAACUGAAUAUUCAAACCAAAGUGGUGGAUUGAGUGUUUUCCCUCCUGGUAAAUCUUUGAUGCUUGCCAACCACAACUCCUUUUGUCAGAUAAAAUCUCUGGUACUGAGUGGGAGUGGUGAAGGAGAUAAGGAAUUAUUUAGCAAAGCAAACUCAUGAUUGUGAGACUUAGAUUUAUUGGUGCUCAAAAAGCGUUUGAUAUACUUUUAUCUGAGUAAUCCUUCCCAGAGUGUGGUAUGAGGGAGUAGUAUUAUCCGGAUAUGGGAAAAGGACUGACUGUAAGAGUUGUUUGUCUUAGGCUACCCAAUAUGUUAAUGGCUAAAUGAGAUUUAAACUGAUCCUGGUUUCACAAAUGUGAAACCAUCUGCUGUUAAAUGUCAUUAUAUUCUGUUUCUAUUUUUGCAUGAGGGGGAAAAGCUGAUAGUAUGUUACAGUUAAUGCACUUUAAAAUCAUUAGGAAAGUGUGAUAAAAAUGGCCUUGUGUUCAUUAACAACAAAUAUGGGAAGAAUACUGCGGCUGCUUUGCAGUUAUUUUUAUUAAUGUAAUUUGAUUUUACAUUUAUUAUUAAAAUGUUUGAAAUGUGAAUCUGCUGUAGUUAAUUCAUUAAUAAUAGAGAUUCAAACUCAAAACUUUGCUUCAUAGGAGACUUCCUCCACUGAAUUAUUUUCCUUUGGGAGACAAAAUGAAACCAUAUUUCUAAUUCCCGGCUGAGCUUAGCAUUUAAAAUAGAGAUGUUGAUCAGCAAUAAAUAUUAAGUCUUGGGCACAAGUGUUUGGAUUGUCAUUCAAAAGGGAAAAACGGGGAGUCCAGUUUAAAUUUGUAUUUUAAAUUUCCUAGCAUAGCAGUAAGUUUGCCAGCCAUUCCUGGAGUUUGGCUGUGUAGGGCUUUGGAAUGGUUUGUUCUGAUUGUCUAAGUCCUAAGACAUUGAGGAGCCAAGGCCAAUUUGAGUAGAUGGCACUUAACUGGGUUAGCAAGACUAAUAGUCUGAACUAAUAUAAGGCAACCUCAUGUGCUUCUGAUAGCAGAGAAACUCCCUCCUCCCUGAUAUAGGCAUUCAGGUGUUAGUACUUAUGGGUACUGAAUUCUGAAGGGGCCGCGAGAAUGUAUGGGGGAAGCCCGACCUCCUUGAUGACGUUUGUGCUGGCCAUCAUAUUUGUUAUGAUAAUAUGGAGAUAAUAUGGAUAAAAAUGGCCAGAUUCGUCUAAACUCAGUGUUUCCCAAACUUGGGUUUCCAGCUGUUUUCAUACUAUAAUUCCCACCAUCACUGAUGCUUGCUUGCUAGGGAUGAUGGGAGUUGUAGUCCAGAAACAGCUGGAGACCCAAGUUUGGGAAACCUUGCUCUAGCAGAAGCUAGUGUAAGGGCUCUUGCUAGCUCAGUGGUCUUCCUCUUCUCCUCCCCACCAUGUACCGUGUUGCUUCCCCCAAAUUUGCUCUGCAGGGUUGGGAGAAAUGCUUCCGCUGACAGAAUGAUCAGAAAAGCACGGUGCUGAAUAGCUACCUGAGAUUAAAAGCCACCUAAAACAUUCAUUUUGGAACAUUAACACUUUUUUUCCUAUAUGCUGUAGGGGACUGUGGACCACUGCAUAAUAGGAGUAAUGAUUCUUUCAGAACUGACUCAGGAAAUGAAUUUUGUAAGUGCACUUCUUUCCUCUGGAAAUUCUUUUAUGCUGUCAAGAGAAUGGUCAGAGUGUCUUAUGGGGCUGAAAAUUGGGAAGCUGCUGUACAUUGUAAAAAGUAAAAAAAAUGCCUAAGAAAGGUUUUUAAUGGAAUGAAGCAGAGAAAUGGGUUGCAGGGAAUGUGGCCCAUCCAACAGUUGCUAGAAUCAGUUAUAAUACAGUGGUGCCUCGCAAGACGAAAUUAAUUUGUUCCGCGAGUUUUUUCGUCUAGCGAAUUUUUCGUCUUGCGAAGCACGAAUUCCCAUAGGAAUGCAUUGAAAAUCAAUUAAUGCGUUCCUAUGGUCAAAAAAAGUCCAAUCAAAGCCAAAUUCGGUACAACAAGAGUUUAUUAACUGCUCUUUAAAGUCACACAUACUUUAAAGAGCAUAUCAAAAAUUGAAGGAACAAUAAAUUAAGUUUCUAAACAUGACAGGAAAAACAUUUAAAAAUCAAAAAGGGUACAUUACAUUUUCUAAGACUCUGGGGGACCACUCGAAGAAGGUUCCUCUUCCACACAAUGCUACUCGCUGAGGAACCAUUCCAUGGUCUGCUGCUUCAUCCGCCGCUUCAGCAGCUCCCUGAGAGGCGACAUCACCGUCGUAUCAAAAAUGUUCGCUUGGACAUGUGCCACGUGCUUGUCAGGGUGGUGCCGCUCUGCAAAGCCUGCACCUCAUUCCACUUCUGGCAAAUGUCCCUCAGUUCUUUGGAGGACAGCCGUUCCUCAGUUGCUUCCUCCUCUUCCAGCGAGGCCUGCUCCUGCGCAACCUCUGACUGCAGUGCAACCAGCUCCUGGGUGGUCAGCUCGUCGUCGUGCUCCUCCACCAGCUCGCAAACGUCCUCCUCUGUGACCUCCAGGCCCAAGGUCCUCCCCAAGGCAACAAUGUCCUGCACCACUGUCGACUCUGGUGCAUCAGAGUCACUUGGUGCCACACAGUCCGGCCACAGGCUGCGCCAAGCGCAAUUCAAAUUCCUCUGGCUGAUCCCCUUCCAGGCCGUGGUGAUCAUCUUCAAGCAGGUGACGAUGUCGAAGUGGUCCUUCCAGAAUUCCCGCAGGGUGAUGGUGGUGCAAUCAGUCACCUCGAAGCAUCGCCUGAAAAGCUCCUUGGUGUAGAGUUUCUUGAAAUUGGCGAUGACCUGCUGAUCCAUCGGCUGGAGCAGUGGCGUGGUGUUAGGCGGCAGGAACAUGAUGUUGAUGAAGCUGAACUCCUCCAACAAGUCCACCUCAAGGCCUUUAGGAUGAGCAGGAGCAUUGUCCAUCAGAAGCAAAGCCUUCAGCGGCAGGUCAUUGUCCAGCAGGUACUGUUUGACAGCAGGGCCAAAGGCAAGAUUGACCCAGUCCACAAACAGCACACGUGUGACCCAAGCCUUGCUGUUGGAUCGCCACAUGACACUCAGCCGCUCCUUGUCGACCUUGUGUUUCUUGAAGGCCCGUGGGUUCUCCGAGUGGUACACCAGCAGGGGCUUGAUCUUCAGGUCGCCGCUUGCGUUGGCACAGAAGAGCAGGGUCAGACGGUCCUUCAUGGGCUUGUGGCCAGGCAACUUGGCCUCCUCCUGAGUGAUGAAAGUCCUUUGGGCAUCCUCUUCCAAAACAGCCCGGUCUCGUCGCAGUUGAAGACCUGCUGUGGAACGUAGCCCUCCGUCUUCACAACCUCCAGGAACUCCAAGGCAAAGUCUUCAGCCGCAGGAACAUCGGAACUGGCAGCCUCUCCAUGCCUGACCACGCUGUGGAUUCCGGAUCUUGCCUUGAACCGGUCAAACCAGCCUCUGCUUGCCUUGAAGACUUCUGGCUCGGCCGAGGUUCCUGGCUGUUCCCGGAUGAGGUCUGCGUGCAAGGCCUUGGCCUUCUCACAAAUCACGGCCUCAGUCACUGUGUCCCCUGCACGCUGCUUCUCUUCUAUCCAGAUGAGGAGCAACUUCUCGACCUCCUCCAGAACAGCUGGGCGGUUCUUCACGAUCCUGGUGACUCCCUUGGCUGCAUCAGUCGCAAGGAUCUUCUCCUCAUCUUCAGGAUGGUCCCGAUGGUCGAUGGGUUCCUGCCGUACUCCCUGGCGAGGUCCGUCACACGCAUUCCACCGUCGUGCUUCCGGAUGAUCUCCUUCUUCAUCUCCAGCGUCACCUUCUCCUUCUUCCUCUCGCCGGCCUCCGCAGCAGCAGCAGUCUUCUUGGUCCCAUGGCAGCACAGCUGUUACCUUUGUAAAACUCAGAAAAAGAAAAAAAUCAGCAAUUCAAACCCACAACCAAGUCCUUGAAUUCCAAACACCCAACCCAAAAUCCAAAACCCCAAAAAAAGUUUUAAAAGUUUAACUUACGAAAUGGCUGCAAAUCACCAAAGUCUUCAAAAUCCUCAAAUGGCUGCAAAAAAAUUUUUGGGAAAGCUUUAAAAAUCACCAAAGUCUUCAAAAACCUCAACUGUUCCCCCAGCCCCUCCCCAACUGUUGCUAGCCCUCCCCCACUGUUGCAAACCCCUCCUCAACUGUUCCCCAGCCACCCAGCACACAGAAAUUCAAAACCCAGAAAAUUUUUCAAAAAAACAACAUGGCCCAAUGGUUACAGAAAACCAUAAAAAUUCAAAAAACACAAGCUCCCAGAUUCCUGCACACCCCUCCUCAACUGUUCCCCCAGCCACCCAGCACACAGAAAUUCAAAACCCAGAAACUUUUUCAAAAAAAACAACAUGGCCCAAUGGUUACAGAAAACCAUAAAAAUACAAAAAAGCACACAAGCUCCCAGAUUCUUGCAAACCCCUCCUCAGCUGUUCCCCAGCCACCCAGCACACAGAAAUUCAAAACCCAGAAACUUUUUUCAAAAAAACAACAUGGCCCAAUGGUUACAGAAAACCAUAAAAAUUCAAAAAAGCACACAAGCUCCCAGAUUCUUGCAAACCCUCCCCAGCUGUUCCCCAUCCACCCAGCACACAGAAAUUGAUAACCCAGACACUUUUUUCUACAAAAAAACUACAUCGCCCCAUGGUGACAGACAUUCCUAAAAAUACAAAAAUUAUCAAACAAGCUCCCAGAUUCUUGCAAACCCCUCCCCAGCUGUUCCCCCAUCCACCCAGCACACAGAAAUUUAAAACCCAGAAACUUUUUUCAAAAAAAAACAUGGCCCAAUGGUCACAAUAAAUCAUCAAAAUUCAAAGAAAAGCACACAAGCUCCCAGAUUCUUGCAAACACCUCCCCAGCUGUCCCCCAUCCACCCAGCACACAGAAAUUUAAAACCCAGAAACUUUUUUCAAAAAAACAACAACAUGGCCCAAUGGUCACAAAAAAUCAUAAACAUUCACAAAAAAGCACACAAGCUCCCAGAUUCUUGCAAACACCUCCCCAGCUGUUCCCCAUCCACCCAGCACACAGAAAUUUAAAACCCAGAAACUUUUUUCAAAAAAAACAACAUGGCCCAAUGGUCACAAAAAUCAUAAAAAUUCAAAAAAGCACACAAGCUCCCAGAUUCUUGCAAACACCUCCCCAGCUGUUCCCCCAACCACCCACCACUCAGAAAUUAAAACCCAGAAACUUUUUUCAAAAAAAACCAACAUGGCCCAAUGGGCACAAAAAUCAUAAAAAUUCAAAAAAAGCACACAAGCUCCCAGAUUCUUGCAAACACCUCCCCAGCUGUUCCCCCAUCCACCCAGCACACAGAAAUUCAAAAAUUAAAGCCAGAUUUUUUUCAAAAAAAAACAACAUGGCCCAAUGGUCACAAAAAAUCAUAAAAAUUCAAAAAAAAGCACACAAGCUCCCAGAUUCUUGCAAACACCUCCCCAGCACCAAGUCCUUGAAUUCUAAACACCCCAACCCAAAAUCCCAAAAACCCAAAAAAAGUUUUAAAAGUUCAACUUACCAAACAGCUGUAGAAGAAGUUUUGGAAAAGCUUCAAAAUCCAGCAAACUCUUUAAAAAGCUCAGAAAGGCCACCACACCGCAGUGCAAUGUGUUGCUCCUCGAGGUCAAGUCGCAACUGCACCUCUUCAAGCAAUGCACCCUGGGUUUUAACGGUUUUACGAAAAGGAAACAAACUUGCAAGACGUUUCGUCUUGCGAAGCAAGCCCAUAGGGACAUUCGUCUUGCGAAGCAACUCGAAAACGAAAAAACCUUUCGUCUUGCGAGUUUUUCGUUUUGCGAGGCGUUCGUCUUGUGGGGCACCACUGUACUCUGAAAAAGGACAAAGAAACCAAAUGCCACCCCCAGCCCCAUCAAGUAAUCACACUUUUCCUCAACCAUGCAACAUAGAAGUGCAGGCAAAUGCACCCUGCAUAUAGGAAAUAGGUUAAGAGAGGAAAGAUGCAGAAAUGUUCUCUCACUUGUCCUGCAGCUUUUAAUAAUGCUAUCCACAUCCCACUAAGGGCUGCAAAGACUAUUAGUCUUUAUCAUUUUGGAGGAAACCAAAGAGAAGAUUGAAGGGAAGGAGAGCAGGGUUCUUGCUUCUCUUUAUUUGCAUUAGCUUGUCUUUGCUUCGAAGUAUAAGCCAAGGUGACACUUUAAAGUGGCAUUUUCUUCUCCCGUGGAUAUUUUAACCCUUGAACCUUGCAUGUGGUGUUUAGCGUGGCCAAUUUUAGGUUUGAUGAUAGUCAUCAGAAAUAGUUGUGCUACACAAAUUGAUCUGGUAGAUGUACAUUAUUAACAGAUAUGUAUCAUCUGUUGCUGAUUGUAAUUUUUGCUAUAGAGAAACCUAGUAGAUAGAUGUUUCUCGUGUGUGUGAUGAUCUCUCCACUAAAAUGGUGAGGGAGUUAUGCUUAGCGAUGUGAAUUUUUUUAGCAUUUCAACUUGCACAAUAUGGAUUGGUGUGAUGUGAUUAUAGAGAUUCAAGAAUUUAGUAAGUGAUUUAAGUCUUGUGAAUGCAUCCUAAGAAUUUUUAGGAGUUCUGCUUAAUCCUUAUCCUAUGUGGAAUGAUUGUCCUUUAUACUUUGUUCCAUCUAUUCUGGUUUCAUAUCAAUAUGAUCUUUUGCAAGUUCAAUUGAAUCAGUGGGACUUGACCCUAACAUAUAGAUUUGCACUGAGGUGUCACUGCUGGCUUUGCAAAGUAGCUUGGCUUCACUUAUGAAGGAACUGUCAACCAUAAUGACUGAAUAUGCUAAACUAAGUGUCCUGGUAUUAGAUAUGUAUAGUUAUGGUACAGAUUCUGUAUGUCUGGAGGACCAUUUUUCUGAAUGACUUUCUCCACUUGAACUCUGUUCCUGUUCAUUUUAGAGCACGCGCCCCGCAGUAAUUUCAGACCCACUUGUAUUUUGCAUGGAUACUGAGUUCCAGACAGAAGUCAUAUUUAUGUAUCUGUUUCAAAUUAGGCUUAACACAAAUAGAGGGAAACAAAACUAAGAACAUGUGGGUAAGGAGGAUCAUAUGAAUUAAAUAAUAGGAUGUAGACCUGUUGCGUAAUAAUUUUCUUGUAGCUCACAUACAAGUAAUAUGUUUUACCAAGUCAAAAUGAAGACACACUGAUUCUGAAGUGUUUUUUAAUUUUUAUUUUAAGGUUGAUUAUUCUAGACCUUCAUCAAAGCAUCGUAAAAUAGCUACCUCAUUUCGUGAUACUACUUUAAAAGACAUUUUGAUGCUGGCAUGCUCGCUGUUGAAAGAGGUAGGCCUAAACACAAGCUGUAUUAUAAAGAUAAAUCUUUUGCCCACCAUGGGGCUCAAACUCACUACCCUGAGAUUAAGAGUCUCAUGCUCGACCGACUGAGCCAUCCCAGCUUUACCCGAGUGGCUAAUAAUUGCAUUUGUUUUUGAGCAAAAUUAGUAUGCCACCAUGCUGUUCUGUUGAACAAGAAACAGAAUAGAACAUAGUAGAAUAGAGAUGAAUUCAUGAUUGGAAUCAGAUGCAGAAUAUACAUCUGUACCUGUCUAUGAUAAGUCUAAAUGGCUUAUGAAUUCAGCAUGAAACAGAACUCUUGCCAGUAAAGCUCACAUAUGCUGGGUUUUUAACAAAUAAUACUCUUUGCUGCAGUGUAAUUGAGCAAACAUUUGUCGUGAAAAGUUAAACUAGCCACUGAACGUGGUGUACUUUAAACACAUGAAUAGGCUUAUUCCAGUGCAGAUCCAUGAGAAGCCUUGGUGAUGGAUGGGUGCAGAACAGAGGGACAGCGGAUCAUUUAUUUCUCUCCCUGCUUGCCCCCAUCAGGUCCAUCUCUAUGUUGUCUCCACUUAAAUUUCUGAAGCAUGAUGGUGGUUUAUAUUGCUACUUUAUUUUUUGAAUAAACCAAGAGAAGCGAUUUUUGAUUCUUCUUCUUCUUCUUAUUAUUAUUAAUUGAAUUUAUAUACUGCACUAUACUAGGGGGUCUCAGAAUGGUUAUCGUUGGAUUGGUUGCCAUUGGCUGUCAAGGCAAACCACAGGGUACAAUUCAGCGCUAUGCUACUACAGUUGUUCCACCAGUGCAAAAAUUUCAGCUUGCCACACAGAAUGAUCUCCCCUCUCUUCACCCCACACACUGUUCUGGGAAUUCUCCAGAUCCCCCAGAGCCCAUUGGGGGAGGCAGGAGGGGAAGUCCCAUUGCAAUAGCAGUACUCAGUCCACUGGCUUCCACGAGUGUGUCUAUUUAGUUAAAUCCAGCCCAUAGUUCAUAUUUUACCAUGAAUGUUCAGAUAGCUCCCAUGUAGCAUUUCCCACAGUGAGAGCAGCAAACCAGGAUCCUUGGCUUGCAAUGAUAAAUUAUGCUGGCGAUCAUAGUUCAUUUUUUGCUUUGCAGCAUUCCUUUCCAUAAGAUGACCACCAACUUUAGUUAUUUUUAAAGCAGAUUAGACAAAUUGAUGGAGGAUAAGGAUAUAAAUGGUAACUAGCCAUGAUUGCUAUGUUCUGUGCCUCUGAAUAGCAGUUGCUAGGGAGCACAAAUUUAUUAAUUUGUUUUUAUUUUUUAAAUUUGCAUACUGCCCUUCAUUCAUAGAUCCCAGGGCGGUUCACAGAUGGGGAGAUCGUUGCUACAUUCAUAUCCCACUUGUGGGCUUUCUGUAGGCUUUUGGAUGCUGGACAGGAUGGACCUUUGAUCUGAUCCAGCAAGGCUCUUCUUAUCUUUAUGGUGUGACCUGAUGAUUUGUAUGAGCCCCCAACCCCCCCCCACAGCCCCUUGUUUGGACAUAUUGCUAGGAGUGGGAUCAUGAUUUGUUGCUCUCAAUAGGUGAGGAAGGAAGAAGCAGCUAUCUGCGAGGUCGACUAUGAUAUGUGAAUGUGGCCAGUUACUGACACACACUUUUUUCCCCUUUUUUUGGUCUGGAUUUAGAUGUUGGCAAAACCCUUAAAUCUUCAGGAUCAGCAACAACAAAAUCUAGCAAUGCACCUUUUGAAGCUUGUCCUCAAUUGUCUUAACUAUGACUUCAUUGGCAGUUCAGCAGAUGAAUCUGCAGAUGAUCUGUGCACUGUGCAGAUCCCAACAAACUGGAGAUCAAGUAAGAGAAUUAAUUAGUAGUGAUAACCUAACAUUGUACUAUACACAUUUGAAGUUGAAUAUCUGUUUUGCAUCUAAAGGCAUUGCAUCUUAUGGAGGUAUUUUUGAUCAUGAUAUUAGUUGCAAAAAAAUAAUUCUGUGGGUUGGGAGAGGAACUGUCACGACAAAACUUCCCAUGUUUCGCAGCUCACAACCAUUUGCCGUCCCACACCUUAAUUCCCUGAACUUGGACAGUAGUCCUGGGUAGAAUUAAACUCUUUGCAUGUGAAGUGUGAGCCAUGCAGUCAUUAUGUAAUGUAAGGGACCAUGGUUUAUAUUUGUCAUACAUGAUGCUUCAGGGUGGUUGGUAUCCAAUGAAAUAAUGUUGUACUAAUUUUGUUUCUUUUCCCCUGCUAGCCUCUGAAGUGUUAAUAUUAAUAAUACAGGGGCACAAUGAUGUACUAUGGAGUUCCAUGAUACUAGGACUAUAAUAUACCCUAAAAACAGGGAUCCCCAACCAUUUUGGUCAGUGGGCACAUUUGGAAUUUUGAGGAAGUGCCAAGGGGCAACAGUCACAAAAAUCCCCUCAUUCCUUUUUCCUUCACCUUUUCUUAUUCUUUCUCUCCUGAAUAUUCCCCUUAAUACCCUUCCCUCCCAUUGUCCAUCUAGCUGUUCUUCUGUAAUUGCUAUUUUGCAAAUAUUCUCUUGAAAAAGUGCAGGUGAAUCCAUGCCCAACUAACAGUGAUAUUGUUCCCAGUCCUUCCCUAUCUAAAUAGAAUGUUUCAUUGAACCCAUCCUUAGUGGUGGAAACUGCUUUAAGUGAAUAAUUCUCUAGCGGAAGAGAAGUUAAUGAAAGUUAAAAUGGGCAACGUGUAUACAGCAACAACAGUCUGCAGAGUGCAAUCUUUCUUUUCUCUCUAGCACAUCCAUUUUGCCUACUCUGGAAGCUUUUAAAUAGCGUACAUUGUUGCUGCAGUGGUUGCUUCAUUGGUCCAUUAGAAAGCUUCGGUUAGAUAAUGUACUUAAGAAGCAUGUGCAAACUAUAUUCUGUGGGUCUCCCUACCUUCCAGCUGCUGUGCUUUAUGCUGAACAGCUUUUUAAAAAUGUCAGCCUUUCACUUUGGAGGGGCAGUAGUAAAGACUGAGAUGCCUCUUCUCAUUUUGUGUAUAUAUUGCAAAAGUUUGUUCCUUGAAUGUUUUCCCUUCCCUACUGUUUGAAAAGCGCUUUUAGUUUAAAAGGAACUUCUCAAAGCAAAGUUCUUUAUACCUGUAACAUUUGUGUAUUUUGUGGAACAUUUUUAAAAAACCAGUAAGCAUACAUAAUGUUAAAAUGGCAAACGGUACUGUUUCAUUGUGUUAAUAGAAAGCUAUUCGGGUCAUGAAACAAAAACUGUUGGGUUUCAGGGGUAUGCUAAAACCUGACAUAGGCUGUGAACAACAACUUUAUAUUCGCUCUGUCCUAAACAUAACUCUGACAACCAGUGAAACGGGGAACAGGACUAUGGUUUGGUUUACAGUGGUACCUUGGUUCUCGAACUUAAUCUGUUUCGGGAGUCCAUUCGACUCCCGAAACCUUUUGAAAACCAAGGCGCGGCUUCUGAUUGGCUGCAGGAGCUUCCUGCACUCAAGCUGAAGCCGUGUCAGAUGUUUGGCUUGCGAAAAACAUUUGCAAACUGGAACACUUACUUCCGGGUUUGCAGCGUUCAGGAGCCAAGCCGUAUUGUCCUGCUUCUCCUGUGCUUGACAGUCACAAGGAGAGGCUGAGUCAAAAGAAGGAAUACUGAAAUAGCAAGAGUAGAAUUUAGUGCUGAUCCUAAGCAGUGGCAGGUCCACAUCCUUUUUAUUCCCCUUUCCUCUGUGGUGGUUUUAUGGGGGGUUUUUUGGGGGGGGGGACACAAAGGAGAGUAUGCAAACAUGUGAAAAGGUGUUGCAGCACAGUUUCCUACUUGGAAUCCCUUCAGAGUUCAGCAUAAUGUUUCUUGCCCCAGCUUUAAUUGGCUUUGUGACAUUCUCAUGCAGCUGUAUCUUGAUUGGCUCCAUGGCAUUGUGAUGUAAACAUGGCCACACAUUGUCCCCAGUUGGCUGGGAUCUCAGUUCAGCAGCAAGGUGAGGCAGUUAAAGGGGACAGAACAUGGAUUGGAGCAUCACUUGACAGUCGUUAACAUUAUCGGUGAACAAGUAUAAAAUAUUGGGAGGGAGCUUGGAAAACAUCACCACCCUACCCCAGACACCCAUUUUAUGUAAAAAUGUGUACUGGUGAAUAGUUGACAUAGCACUAGUAUAAUUUGGAUUGUACUCUUGAAGUAGAGAGCAUUUAGAGGGGGAAAAACUGGGUUGUGCAGUUACAGUAAGCCCACAACUUACACGGGGGUUACAUUCCAGGUACCACGCCAAAACCCAAAACCACGUGUAGUCAGAACCCAUUGGGUUCAAUAGUGGGUGGGGUUGUCAACAUCAUUUUUCCUGUAAUCCUGCUUCCUUUCUGCCCUCCUUUUUAUUUUUAUUUUGUGACAUAAAGCUGAAUGUGCACAAGUUAAACGCACAUAAAUUGUGGGCUUACCUUAGCAGAUUUCAUUUUCUGCAGGAGUCCCAACAGUUUGGGCUAUGAUUUAUAUGGCCUGCUUUUUCCUUUUUCCUUUUGCCAGUGUAGACCAAAUGCUAAACGGUUAUAUUUCUUACCAUUUUUAAAAAGAGGAGUGGAAUUUGUGAAAGUUAUUUUCUUCGUAACGCAGGGAUUUGUCCAUUUCAUAAUUUUACCUUUCCCUUCUCAGUCUUCCUGGAGCCAGAAACCUUGGAUCUCUUUUUUGAUCUGUAUCAUUCCCUCCCAUCGAUGCUGUCUCAGUUAGUAAGUAUGUUUUUCCAAUAGUAGAAGAAAGUGAUUUCUGAGAAGCUGUUCAGACAUUAGUACAUGUUUAAUGAAUAUGUCAUACCAGAAUUGCCCCCUGGAUCGCCUUAGAUUUCACUCCUGUUUAUAUGCUCCAACAGGGUUUCUGUGGUACAGUUCAGAAGAGGGGGAGCAAUUGCAAUUGGAAGCAACAGGACUUUUCUGCUAAUCAGUCAGCAGCAAAUCAACAGUAUAUUUAUAAAUGUAGCUACAACUGCAGCCUCUCCCACAGUCCACAGCAAAUGCUCAGCCCACCAUCAGUUAUGUAUUUGCCCACAGACAGUAAAAAUGUGCGGAAAGCACAUGCCUUGCUUAAAUGUGUGGGUUUAUUUUGUCCCUGCAUUUCCCGGUGCAAUUCCACUGGCCUCUCUGUCUUUAGAUGUUGCAGUAGCACUCUUCGUUUAUUUAUUAAAUUUGUGUACUGUCCCUCAUCCGAAGAUCUCGGGGCGGCUCACUCUUCUGCAUGUGCUUUGCAGAAACUAUUAUUUAGAGCCCUAUUGUCCAAGUAGCUUGGACUACUGCAACACGCUCUACGUGGGGCUACCUUUGAAGGUGACCUGGAAACUGCAAUUAAUCCAGAAUGCGGCAGCUAGACUGGUGACUGGGAGUGGCCGCCGGGACCACAUAACACCGGUUCUGAGAGAUCUGCAUUGGCUCCCAGUAUGUUUCCAAGCACGAUUCAAAGUGUUGGUGCUGACCUUUAAAGUCCUAAACGGCCUCGGUCCUGUAUACCUGAAGGAGCGUCUCCACCCCCAUCGUUCAGCCCGGACACUGAGAUCCAGCGCCGAGGGCCUUCUGGCGGUCCCCUCAUUGCGAGAAGUGAGGCUACAGGGAACCAGACAGAGGGCCUUCUUGGUAGUGGCGCCCGCCCUGUGGAACGCCCUCCCAUCAGAUGUCAAAGAGAUAAACAACUACCUGACAUUCAGAAGACAUCUUAAGGCAGCCCUCUUCAGGGAAGUUUUUAAUAUGUGACGCUGUACUGUUUUUAACACUUGAUUGGGAGCCGCCCAGAGUGGCUGGGGAGACUCAGCCAGAUGGGCGGGGUAUAAAUAAUAAAUUAUUAUUAUUAUUAUGCUGGAGUUAUUAAAUAGCCAUAAUGACUAUUAGCCACAAUUUCGUCCAACCUCCUUUUAAAGCUGAUGUCGUGGCUGUUGUUGCAUCCUGUGGAAGUGAAUAGGUUGACUGUGCCCUGUGUCUGCCCUGAAGUUUCCGUCAGCUUCUUUCAGUGACCUCGGAUUCUAGUAGUUUGUGAGAGAGGAAGAAAAAUCUCUCCCUCCAAAUAAUGCAUAAUUUUAGUUGUCUCUCUAUAAAUAGCCUCAAAUAUUAACUUCUGUCAUACAGGAGUUGCUCCAGAGAUAAUCCCCAAAUUGUGGAAUGGUGGGUAGAAUUCUAACGAAAUGGGCCACUCUUCCAUGCUUCCCCCACCACGCCCCUUUUUUCAUUGAGUUUUGGCCUUGUAUUGCCAGAGUUGCUAUGACGUUCUUACAUUGUCACAAUGCAGCAUAAGUGAUUGGGCUCUUCUGGUUAGCUGUGCGAUCACAGCACAGUAUCAACACCAUGUUGCCUGGCUAGUGUUCUGUUAGGAUAUGAUCAUACCAGAAGCCAGUAACUACCUGAAUUGUGUCCGUUGUAGAGAUGGUGUACAUACAGAUACGUGUAUUCGAAUCAGUUUAUUUAGCAUUGUUUUUAAUGGCGCAUGAACACUGAUGUCAGCUUUCUGUGUUUUAAAUAUAGACUGUGUUUGACUACUGUAGCUGUUGGCCCAACAUGAAUGUGUAGACUUUUCUAAGCUAGAAGAAACUUGACUGCUAUAAGCAGUAAUGUGUUUGAUGCUUCUGGUAUCUGUUAGUCCAAAAAGGAAUGGUUGUAUCUUGUUAAUGAAUAAAAUCAUUAAAUCCUUGUUUUCUUUCUAGGCACUUUCUUGUUUAGUUCAGUUUGCUUCUACAAGGAGAUCCUUAUUUAGCAACCCAGAACGUGCCAAAUACCUUGGUAACCUGAUCAAAGGAGUAAAAAGAAUACUUGAAAAUCCUCAGGUAUACAUUUGUCAGUUUUUUCCUCAGUUCUGAGUAUAUGAUGUCCACUUUUAAAAAUAUGUCUUGCUGCUAAUUUAAAUUGUGGAUGAAGCGGUUAUCUUCCUGUUUGUUUGGGCUAAUAAACUGGAGAAGGAAGGGGGAAAUAGGGGGCAUCACGUGUGGCACAUAAGCUGCCAUACAAAUAUCCUCUACCUUCUGGGUUAAAAAGGAGCAAUAGGAAAUGGUUCUGUGCUUGAUGAACAGUGACAAAUGUUAUAGAGUUUCCUGUAUGGCAACUUCAUACAAACCAUUGGUGAGGGAAACAUGCCAAUUACUCAGCAAAUAGCUCCUGUGGUGUCGCUAGCUUUUGGGGAAGACAUGAGGGUUGGGAUGAGUACGGUGGCCCAUCGGCUCCAAGUCUGCAUGGUUCAUUAUUUCACCAGACUUAAGUUUUGUACCUGAGCUGUCUUUUCUAGAAGAAAAAGGCAGCUUUAAAAAUAUUUCCCAGCAGUGUUAUGUUGCUAUUUUGUUUAGUUUCAGCAACUGUGUUUGAAAAUACACUGUUGUUUAUUUGAAAAACAUAGCUGCUUAUAACUAUGUAGAAUGUUCAUUUAUUUAAUUUAUUAAAUUCUUAUACUGCCCUUCAUCUGAGUACUACAGGGAGGCUUACAAUAUAAAAAUACAAAUACGCAAACAGAAACAAUACCCCCUUCCCUUAUAGUCACUUUUAACGGUCCCUGUUUCUAUCUUUCUAAGUAUGUAUGGUAUAAUCACCUUUUAAUUACUAGUUUUUAUUCUGUACCUGUUUUAAGUCUUUAAGUUCAGUUUAUCUAUAUGUUUUAUCUUAUGCUGGUCUGUGACCGGAAUAAAGUUUGAGACUGAUACUGUAAUGAAGGUGUCGGGUGAGGCUCCCUGGGGAGAGCUUUCCACAAGUGGAGAACCACUGUAGAAAAGGCCCAUUCUCAUGUUGCCACCGUCUGGAUCUCUCAUGAAGGGGAGCACACAAAGAGCAGCUUCAGAUGAUGAUAACCUAGUAGGGUAAAUGAAAGCAUAGGAGCAACAGGCAAGGGUGCUCUCUUUAGCCACAUCUCAGUCAAGCAAAAAAGUGUGAAUCUGCAAAUACCAUGUCUGACCUCCACAUGAUGAGAGUUGUAUUAUUGCUCUGGUAUUUUAUAUGUUAAGCAGUAUAGAAAUCCCUAUAAAUAACUGAAGAAUCAGAAAGGAGUCGCAACAAGCUUGGCUUUCUUCUGCCACAGGUUGUGCGAUCUCGCUGUACUCCUAGUGUGCCUGAAUCAGGGUACUAAUAGAGCUGGCUGAGGACAUGAGAGAAAGUCCCCAUUCUGCUCAACCAACUGGUGCUCAGCAACAAUUAAUAAGAGACAGCCAAGUUGCUUACAUCACUAUAUUUUAAAAAUUGCUUUUUCCCCCAAGGACAUUAAACUUGAAGCAUUUUGUGCGAUAGUAGCUGGAGGAGACUCUUGAGAGUCCCAUGGACCUCAAGAAGAUCAAACUUAUCCAUUUUUAAGGAAAUCAGCCCUGAGUGCUCACUGGAAGGACAGAUCCUGAAGCUGAGGCUCUAAUACUUUGGCCACCUCAUGAGAAGAGAAGACUCCCUGGAAAAGAUCCUGAUGUUGGGAAAGACUGAGGGCACAAGGACAAGGGGACGACCGAGGACAAGAUGGUUGGACAGUGUUCUCUAAGCUACCAGCAUGAGUUUGACCAAACUGUGGGAGGCAGUGGAAGACAGGAGUGCCUGGCGUGCUCUGGUCCAUGGGGCCAUGAAGAGCUGGACACGACUAAACGACUAAACAACAACACCAAGCAGUUGAAACAUGAAUGGCAGAAUCUAUUCUUGUUUCGCUUUAACAUCAGUUGGCACUUGCAUGCACACAAACUUUAUAUUAAUGAUUCCAAAGAGACAGCCAGCUGCUCCACUGUUGUAACUCCGUAUCUGGUCACCUAACGCAUGGGCCUCAGCUCUACUGAUUUUUCUUCUUAUAAUAAUAAUGAUGUUCAUUUUUCUGAAUAUGCCACUUGUAACACAGCUUUCAGUGCCCUUCAUAAUCUUUCAGGAUCCUCUUCAGGACAUGCAGAUCAUUCUGGAAUGGCCCACCUUGUCCAAAAUAAUAUAUAAUAUAUAUAAUAAUAUGUUUUCAAAGCAUGCAUUUCUGCCAUUAGACGAUUGCUUUACUAAUUACAAUCUUCUGUGUUGGUGUGCAAUUUAGGGUUUAUCGGAUCCUGGUAACUAUCAUGAAUUCUGUCGAUUUUUGGCUCGACUGAAGACUAAUUAUCAACUGGGAGAAUUAGUAGUUGUGAAAGAUUACCCAGAAGUUAUUAGACUGAUAGCCAGUUUCACUAUUACUAGUUUACAGGUAAGACAAUGGUAGAACUGUUCUGUGAUCUACUUAAUAAGAAGGAGGAUUUUUUAAAGUGCAUACCUUGCAUGAUGAUCAACUCAUUAAAACUGAUGCUUUUACAUGUUCCAGUAGCCUUACUCUGAGAUCAUCAACGUUGGGGAGCAUAUGUUUUUGCAGUUUUACAUAACAUCUUGGGGCUUUGGUUCUAAUUGAGGCAUGAACAGAAAUAGUAAAUAACGGUGAUAGUAUAGAUUACAAUGUUUGUAAUUGCUCACAUUCGGCUAAAACCUACUUUAAUGAAAAUCUCAUUUUGUUUCUUCGUAGCAUUGGGAAUUCGCACCAAACAGCGUUCAUUAUUUGCUAACCCUUUGGCAGAGAAUGGUUGCCUCGGUGCCUUUUGUGAAGUCAUCAGAACCCCAUCUCUUGGAUACAUAUGCACCUGAGAUCACAAAGGCAUAUAUUACUUCUAGAUUGGAGUCUGUCCCCAUGGUUAUAAGGUAACAACAUGAAGUAGUCUUCUCCACGAGUACUGCUGUACUGUUUCCAAUUUGAUAGCGUACUGUCUUUGUCAUGUAUAUUCUUCUUGUGUUACGAUAACAGUAUUGAUUGAUUAUACAAAAUUGUGAGGAGAAAGCUGCUCCUGAAUUCAACUGGGUCCAGUCAAAGAUUGGGCUAUUUCCUAUGUUGCAUGCCUAAGAUAAUAGAUCAUUGUAGCUCUAUAAUCUUUCAUUUUUUGGCUUUGGCACAUAUGUUUUGAAGGAGCUCUCCUGAGAAGCUUUUUCCAGCUUGUAGCUAAUACAGAGUAAUACAGAGCCAUUCAGAGCCAUCCAUACAUGUCUAUGCUGAAGUAAGACCUGUUGUAUUCAGGGUAUAGGACCUUAUAUGUAAGCCAAAAUGCUUACAUUCCUACACAAUGCAUUUUACAUUGCCCAGAAUGACUUUCCUAUUUGUAUGUAUUCUAGAGAUGGCUUGGAUGAUCCCUUGGAUGAUACAGCCACAGUUUUUCAGCAGCUGGAGCAACUGUGUACAGUUAGCAGAUGUGAAUAUGAAAAGACUUGCGCUCUUCUUGUACAGCUAUUUGACCAAAAUGCACAAAGCUAUCAGAAGCUGUUGCAGUCUUCUAGUAGAAAUCCCUUGGCGAUCUCAAUUCAGGAAGGUUAGUAUUUACGUUGUCUGAAAGUUUGCCUGUCUGGUACAUUUGCUUUCACCUCCUGAACAACUUUGCUGGCACAGACAGGAAAAAUACUAUCAGAAAACACAAAGCAGAGCUGGCUAACCUGCCUUGUUGGACUCUUGGUAGCCCCAGUCAGCAUGGCCAGUCAUCGGGAAUGAUGGGGAAGUCCCACAACUUUCAGAGGGCUCCUGAGUAGCAGAUUUUACCCUGCUGUUCAGCCAAAAAGACUUCUUGAGCAGUUUAAAAAAGUUAAAUACAAACAAAUAUAAAAGGCAUGACGCAAAAGAGUGGUUUUUUUAAAAAGUGUAGGAAGAGGAAAAACUUGAACACCAGUUCAGUUGCAUUGUAGCUCUUGCAAUGAAUGGCUGGAAUGGAAACAGUCCAGAGAAAGAGAGGAGCCAGCUGGACCUGGCCUUUCAAGAGAGCUGACUGGGUGCUCCUACCGAUUUUUCUGCUGAGCCUGAUGAAAUGGCUUCUGCCAAGUGAUAGAUGAAUGCGGGCAGGGAAGAACCUGAUCAGUGGGGUUUGAUGUUUGCUGCUGCCGCUGCUUUUCCCUUGUCUUAGGUGAGGGAAUUUGUCAAAACUAUUUUUGAAAUUUGAGGUGUAUAUACCCUGCUGGAUCGCUGCUAUCAGCAUGCUUGCUGAGACACUCAAAGAAUUAAAGUUUAGUUUGGUGGGAUGAAAAUUACCGUUUUCAGAAGCUAGAUCUUUUGGUCUCUGGGCUAGAAAUUAUUAUUGUUGGCUUUCCAGCUGGUCGCUAUGCAGUUGUGUUUAAGCAUAGGUAAGGAACCCCUGACCAUUAGCUCCAGUUGUGGACGACUCUGGGGUUACGGCACUCAUCUCACUUUAUUGGCCGAGGGAGCCGGCAGACAGCUUCCGGGUCAGAGGCCAGCAUGACUAAGCCGCUUCUGGUGAACCAGAGCAGCGCCUGUAAAUGCCGUUUACCUUCCCGCUGGAGGGGUACCUAUUUAUCUGCUUGCACUGUGACAUGCUUUCGAACUGCUAGGUUGGCAGGAGCAGGGGCCGAGCAACGGGAGCUUACCUCGUCACGGGGAUUUGAACUGCCGACCUUCUGAUCGGCAAGCCCUAGGCUCUGUGGUUUAGACCACAGCGCCACCCACAUCCCGUGUUUAAGCAUACAUAAUUAUAAUCACUAAGUGGCCCUUACAUUCCCAACUAUCUCAGCCUUGGUACCUCCCCGCUCCAUAUGAAAUAUCAGAAUAACAACUCUUUACUGAGAAUAACAAUUACAACAACCCUGUUAAAUAGGUCAUAUUUUACAGGGUUGUUGUAAGGACUCGACAUAAUUUCUGCAAAUAGGUUUUAAUACUCAUGAAGCAAUAUGGGGUUGUUAAGGAUUAAAACGGAAGAUGCAUCUUUUGAAGAUGAUACUCAGUGCUGUAAGAAAAUUAAUGACUCCAUUAAUAUUUUUGUACCCCAAGUUGUGUGUCAGUACAUAUGAUGAAAGUGGUUAGAUGCUAUUCUCAGAAAACCUCUGUAGGUCAAAGCGUUUGAAUCCACCCACCACCAAAGAAAACGUUGGCAUUAUUUUAAAUUUGUAUUUCUCUUUAUAUAAUAUUCAAUAUCUUUUCUGUGGACUAAACAUUUUCUGUUAGCACAGAACAAUAAAUGUUACCUCCUCUAGUUAUGCACACUUUAAUUUAGAUGUUUAAUGGUUUUUAAUGUUACAAAAUAAGUUAAUAUAAUAUUAAGACCUCAUUUUAUUAUAUUGUCUUGGUCUCUGUAUCGAUUGUGAUGCAGUCGUGGUUUACUAAAACAAUAAUCCCCAAGAAAUGGGUCAUUAACAGUAGUUAACGAUUACUUGUGAUCCAUGGUAAUGACUGAUUUCUUUGGGAUUAUUGCUGUUAUAAAACAUAAUUACAGAUUAUUACAGCAAUAAUUAUUUUGGUAAGGAAAAAAAUAUUCUCCUUAAGCAGCUGGAAAAGCAGCAAUACUGAAUGUUUUGAAUAGAGGAAGUAAGCAUAGAGAAUUGUGAUGGAAAAUGAAUUCUAUUUUCUGUGCAUAGGGACUAACUCAGGAUCAUUAACAGAAUACUCCAUGUGCUGAUGGGAGUAGUUUAGAGUUUAAUCUUAAAUGUUGAGGAGGCUAUCAAUCCAUUUAACGGUUUUCUGUGCUUCAGACUUGCCACUAUUCCAGCUUUCAGACAUGGUGGUGCUGGCCUUAAAAUUGUGAAAUAGUACUUUUAAAAUACUGGUUUUGUUUUUGCAAUAAGCAUUUGAUUACAGAAUCUGAAUUAAUGGCAGCAACCAAAUAGAUACCAAAUGAGGAGCAGAACUUGGUCAGUUUAUUUUAAAAUAGUUAUCACUUUAAGCUAUUGAGACUAUAACAAAUAAAACAAACCAACGGGGGGUGGGGGAUAGAAAAAUGAUCAUGUUUUCACUCUUCACAAUAGAUCCCAUAAAGAAGGGAUGGUGUCUGCAGUGAUCACUGUUCAUCUAUUUAUAGCCCACCCUCCAUCCUAAUAUUUUAGAGUGGGGAACAAUAAAAUUUACUUUUUUUAAAGCCACAAUCCAGUAACUAAACAUGAGAACAGAUAAAAUUUCAGUUGGUCAUAAAAUUGCAGAGACAUGCCUCAAAAUCCAAAGUUGAACAUUAAUUAUUUCCAAUGGCUUGAGUAAACAGACAUGUUUUCAGCUGGAACUAGGAUGUAAAGAGAGUAGGUACCAGCAGCGAGGACAUUUCACAGCUGGGGUGUCACCACCAAGAAGGCCUUAUCUUGCAUCACUGCAGGAUGAUAUAGGAAGAGGCUCUUUCAAGUAUUUAGGUCCCAAAUCAUUCAGGGUCUUAUAAGUGGUCAGGAGUACAUGAUGGCAGCCACUCCUUCAGAACUGGUGAUAUGUGGCUCUGGGGGGCUGAUCAACUCAGUAACCUUGCUGCGGCAUUCUGCAUGAGCUGCUGUUUCAGAGUCUUUCUGAAAGACAGGCCUAUGUAGAGCACAUUGUAGUAAUCUAUAUGAGGAGUUAUUAGAGCAUGAAUUACUGCGGCCAGGCUGUCGCUGUCCAAGAAUCGCUGUAGCUGGCAAAUCAGAUGAAGCUGGCAAAAGGCACUCCACAUCACUGAAGACUCUUAAGCCAAUAAAGACAGCUAGAUCUAGGAGUAGGGACGUGGGUGGCGCUGUGGGUUAAACCACAGAGCCUAGGACUUGCCGAUCAGAAGGUCGGCGGUUCGAAUCCCUGCAACGGGGUGAGCUCCCGUUGCUCGGUCCCUGCUCCUGCCAACCUAGCAGUUCGAAAGCACGUCAAAGUGCAAGUAGAUAAAUAGGUACCGCUCCAGUGGGAAGCUAAACGGUGUUUCCGUGCGCUGCUCUGGUUUGCCAGAAGCGGCUUAGUCAUGCUGGCCACAUGACCCGGAAGCUGUACGCCAGCUCCCUCGGCCAAUAAAGCGAGAUGAGCGCCGCAACCCCAGAGUCAGCCACGACUGGACCUAAUGGUCAGGGGUCCCUUUACCUUUACCUUUACAUCUAGGAGUAUUCCUGGUUCCCCUGUUAUUUCAAAGGCAAAAAAAGUGACCAUUGGAAUGACCUCUUGGCUACUUGCCAGAUGUUCAUGAAGGUCCCAAAGAAUAGUGUCAAAAACUGCAGAGAAGUCUACCCAGGAUGAGGAAAGAGAUAUUCUUUUUGUUGAUUUGCAGUGAAGAUCACUUACUAGAGCUGUGAAGGCCUUUCCCCUCCCAUAGUCAAGGGCCAACUUGAACAGAAUCUAGGUCUGCAGUGUGUUUUUUUAAACCUGCUAUAUUGGACCAUUAGUCAGAAUGCUGUCAUAAAAAUGGACAUUAUAGUACUUGGGAUGACUAUAUCAAAGUAUGGUUUAUAUCAGCAAAAUUCGGUCUUAAUUCUAGAAUUACUUCCUCAGCUGUGUUACGAUACAUAUCAGGAACUUGGUGAAUGUUGAUGUUUGCUAGCAGUUCUUAACGUUUUAGAAGAUUUUGAGAAUAGAUUUCAAGGCUAACCAAGUAGUUUUGGUAAACUCCCAAGUUUCAUCCGCAUUUCCCUCUUCCUGGUAAAAUGUGAGCCACAAUAGCAUGCCCUACAAUAUAAGCAUUUAUGAGUUUAUUAUAAGAAUCAUCAAGUGGCUUCAAAGAAUUAGACAGAAAUUUAACGAUUUAUCAAUAAACAUUAGCAUUUACUAGAACAGCCUGCAAUAUGUUUGGAUCAGAUGCUGUAUGAAGUUGUAAUGUAAAUGCUCUCUCUCUCUCCCUCCCUAUCCCCAUCCCUAACAUGCUAGGACGCUUGGCAUGGCUUGUAUAUCUUGUUGGAACUGUUGUAGGAGGAAGAUUAACUUAUACCAGUACUGAUGAACAUGAUGCUAUGGAUGGUGAAUUAUCUUGUCGGUAAGUGUGCAUCAUUACCCUCAAUUUUUUUAAAAAAACAAGGCAUGUUUUGUGAAAGAAAAUUGCUAUGGGCAAUAGUCCUGUUUACCCCUCUGUGUUUUCAGAUUUGAUGAACAUAGAAUGACUUUCAAAACAGCAUACAGGUGAAAUUCAAAAAAUUAGAAUAUCGUGGAAAAGUUCCUUUCUAUCACUAAUUCAACUUGAAAGGGGAAACUAAUAUAUGAGAUAGACUUGUGACAUGCAAAGCGAGAUAUGUCAAGCCUUGCAUUGAUCAUGGCGUACAGCUGAUGAAAACCCAAAUUAACCAUCUCAGAAAAUUAGAAUAUUCAAGGAAAUCAGCAAAACAAGGUGUAGUGGUUCUAGGGGUUGCUCGUGCGUAAGCCGGUGCAAACACCUGGCUGGGUUGCCUGAGUGAACCUUUUCUGUCCGGACAGCCACUCACCCGUGGCUGUCUCAAUCGCUGGCAGAAUCCGUCAGUGGGCGUUUCUUAAACUUCUUCCAGCAAAGAAGCUCUUUGACGCCUAGUCUCCUCCUACUCUCUCUGCGCGAAAGCCUUCUGCGCAAGGAGGGCAUAGGCAGCGGAGGACCUCUACUCUCCCCGCUGGUCCCCGGCAAGGAGUCAUGGGACCGCCUCGCCGCUUCCCCCAUCUGCCCCCCUUCUCCACUGGUGCUACGCUGAUUCUCUUCCCCAGAAGAUGGGCUGCCUCUCCCAAUCCCGGGACGCUCUCUGGAAUCCCUCUGGAUUUUGCUCUCUCCCUCCGGCACUGAUGGCAGUUCCCUGACACAAGGAUUGCAAAUGGAGCAGGAUUGGACCUCUGAGAAGUAGAAGCAGAUCUCGCUUUGCAUGUCAUGAGUCGAUCUCAUAUAUUAGUUUCACCUUUUAAGUUGAAUUAGUGAAAGAAAGGAACUUUUCCACAAUAUUCUAAUUUUUUGAGUUUCACCUGUAUUGGCUUGGAAUUUGAAUUGGCAUUUGACAGCAUUGGAUAGCACCUCUGUCUUACAGUCACCUGACUGUCCCUGCAGAGUGCAUGCUUUUCAGUGUAGUAAACGAGUUGAGUUUGUGGGCAUAGGUCCUCAGUGCUAAACUAAAACAGGCAGGUUCUUCUUUCAUGGAAGGUAAUCUGAUCCUUCUGGACGUUCUCUGUGUGGAAAACAAGAUGAAGGAGAAAAGGGUUCUCCUAAUUGGCAAGAGAAGCAACCAUUUGUUUGCCCUGUGUGUGUAUUUUCCUACGCAGAACACUUUCUCAGCCUAGAGAUCGUGGAUUACAGGAUCUUAUUGUCAGGACAAGAUAUGGAUCAUAGGUCGAGCACAAACUGACUGGGUCUCAAAGAAGUGCAUUGCGACCAUGUGUAGAGAAAAUCCUUGGUUGCCCACCUCUGCUCUAGCUAUUGCUGACUUUAUGUCCUUUGGACACAGGUAUUCAUACACACACUGUGUUUCACAGUGUGAUAGACAGACAUAUCAUCAUACAUAUACAGUGGUACCUUGGUUUAAGAACAGCUUAGUUUAUGAACAACUUGGAUUAAGAAUGCUGCAAACCCAAAAGUAGGUGUUUUGGUUUGUGAACUUUGCCUUGGAAUAAGAACAUGUUUCGCUUCUUGUUGCGUGUGUUCCAUUUGUAAAUAGAGUCCCCUGCUGCUAUGGGAAAGCAUGCCUUGGUUUAAGAAUGCUUUGGUUUAAGAACAGACUUCCGGAAUGGAUUAAGUGUGUAAACCAAGGUACCACUGUACAUACAUACAGGCACCAUUCUAUAUAUUGUCAGGAUCCAGCGCCCUAAGUCCUGGGACACUGCCUAGCCAUUGAUUGAUUAGCAGAGUAGUGGAACUUUGGCGAUUGCAUGCAUCCCAAAAAGACACCAGAUGCAGGAAAAAUCAUUAGUAGAACAUUUACUAAGGCAUAAACAGUUCUUUGCCAGGUCCCUGGCAAGGCACAGUUCAGCUCUUUGUUGAGCAAAAUCCAGUUCCAACAUAAAAAAAUUACACCACACGUACAUAAAAUGGAAAAAAUAAAAGCAAGGAAAUAGAAGUCUGUAGAAGAAUGAGAGAAAAAGAGAAAGACUGCUCACUGGGCAGCAGAUACACUCUUUUCAGUGGCUUUGGCACUUCAGAUGACACACACAGUUUGAAAAUACCUGUUGCGUGCUCAGAGCAGAAUGGAAAGUUACAGGCUCUCUAGAAUGCUCUCGCGCAGGCUUCCUCAACCUCGGCCUUCCAGAUGUUUUUGGCCUACAACUCCCAUGAGCCCUAGCUAGUAGAACCAGUGGUCAGGGAUGAUGGAAAUUGUAGUCUCAAAACAUCUGGAGGGCCGAGGUUGAGGAAGCCUGCUCUAGCGUGUUCUAAUAUAUACUGGGAGCUUCUGCACAUACACAAAACUUCAUAAACACACACACCCCAACACAUAAAUAUAUAUAUUUUCCCCACCAAUCAAUACAUUUUUUUUAGAUGGCUAGCAAACAAAACAAUAUUAAAAAUGCAAUAUACAAUAAUUAAAAUGAACAAUAAGUGAUAAAAGACAGCAAAAAAGUACGUGCAGCACAGACAGCAUAACACAUUUUACAGUCCAAACUGAAUCAAGAAGCCUGGGUGAAAUAAAUAGGUCUUCGCCUGUUGCUGAAAAUACCACAGAGUAGACCCCAUGUGAAAAAGGAACGCGGGUGGCGCUGUGGUCUAAACCACAGAGCCUAGGGCUUGCCAAUCAGAAGGUCGGCGGUUCGAAUCCCCGCGAUGGGGUGAGCUCCCGUUGCUCGGUCCCUGCUCCUGCCAACCUAGCAGUUUGAAAGCACGUCAAAGUGCAAGUAGACAAAUAGGUACUGCUCCGGCGGGAAGGUAAACAGCGUUUCCGUGCGAUGCUCUGGUUCGCCAGAAGCGGCUUAGUCAUGCUGGCCACAUGACCCGGAAGCUGUACGCCGGCUCCCUCGGCAAAUAAAGUGAGAUGAGCGCCACAACCCCAGAGUCGUUCGCGACUGGACCUAAUGGUCAGGGGCCCCUUUACCUAGACCCCAUGUGAGCUUCUCUAGGGAAGCAAUUCUGUAGCUGCAGUCCUGAGGCCCCUUCCUUGGUAUCUCCUACUCCCAACUUCACUUGAUGGGACCCCUGGAGCAGAGCCUUUGAAGAGGAUCUUAAAAUUUGGAUAGGCUUGCACAGGAGGAGGUGAUCUUUCAGCUAACAUGGUCUCAAGCCAUUUAAGGCUUUAUGGGUUAAAAACAGCAUUAUAAAUUGGGCCUGGAAACGGACUGGGAGUCAAUGCAAUUAAUAAAGUACUGGCAUAGUGCCUCACCCCAGUUAAAAGUUUUGUGUCCCUGUUUUGAAACAAUUUCAGUUUCUGGAUUGUUUUUAAAGGCAGCCCCAUAUAUAAUACACUGUCAUAGUCUUAAGUGGCAGGUUACCAAAGCCUGGAUAAUUGGAUAAGCUAUCCUCAUCCAGGUAUAGGUAUUAGCUGGAGCUGACUGAAGCUGCUUUGAGCCACAGCAGCUACUCAGUGCUGGAUCCGAAAAAACACCCAAACUGUGAACCUGGUCCUUUAGAAGAAGUUCUUAACUGAGCACAAUCACCAUAUCUCUCCCUACCUGAAACUGCUCUUAUAGGGGCAUCUCUAUUCAUCUCCCCAGUUCCAUCAAAUCACUCUGUACAUAAUUAAAACCACAAACCAGGAGCAUUUAAAUAGCAUACAGUUAAAAAGGGCAAUGAGUUGAAAAUAAUGCUAUGCAACAAAUAAUACCACGCAGAAAAGAGUUUCCAAAACAAAAUCAUAACAAGAGAUACAUGAAACAACAAACUGACAGGGUUGGUUCCUAUUGGCUCUACAGUGAUACUCAUAUCCUAGUCAGCACUUUGGCUGCUUGUGUGUUGUGUAAACUAGGGAUGCGGGUGGCGCUGUGGGUAAAACCUCAGCGCCUAGGACUUGCCGAUCGUCAGGUCGGCGGUUCGAAUCCCCACGACGGGGUGCGCUCCCGUUGCUCGGUCCCAGCGCCUGCCAACCUAGCAGUUCGAAAGCACCCCCGGGUGCAAGUAGAUAAAUAGGGACCGCUUACUAGCGGGAAGGUAAACGCCGUUUCCGUGUGCUGCGCUGGCUCGCCAGAUGCAGCUUGUCACGCUGGCCACGUGACCCGGAAGUGUCUGCGGACAGCGCUGGCUCCCGGCCUCUAGAGUGAGAUGAGCGCACAACCCUAGAGUCUGGCAAGACUGGCCCGUACGGGCAGGGGUACCUUUACCUUUACCUUUGUGUUGUGUAAACUCAAAUUCAGAACAGGGAAAUUGGUAAAAAUGACUGUCCUCUUCUGUUAGCAGAGGUGUCUGCUUGAUCAAAAAGAACACAGUUUGAUUCAACUGAAGAUGUGUUUAGAUUUUAAUGGCUGGUGCACCUGUGAAUCAUUUUGAAUAUCAGGUUUAAAACCCAACAACUUUAUACAUGUUUCUUUCUUUCUUUUACUGAUUUCAGAGUCUUUCAGCUAAUUUCUUUGAUGGAUGCCCAGUUACCACGCUCUAGCAAUGAGAAAGUGGAACUUGCCAUACUCUGGUUUUUGGAUCAGUUCCGUAAAACUUACGUAGGGGAUCAGCUCCAGCGCACCUCAAAGGUAAGUGUUUCCCUUACACAAUUUAAUUUUAUACAGAAAAGCCUGUUGUUGUUAGAUAUGUGUGUUGUGAGGAGAAUUGAUCCUGAACCAAAGAGUUUGCGUGUGUUCUUUCACUAAAUAAGCAGCCCACCUCAUUUUAGUAGAGAGAGAUUAUCUGCUAUUUAGUUCAUUGAAAGUAAAUUGGGAAGCUGUUUGGUCAAAGGAGCUGAAGCUGCUGUUCGUGGAACAGAGUGUGGAACUGGUGUGACUAGACUGUAGAUGAAUGUGAUUUUUAUCUCUGACAGAUUUUCUGUAUUUGUAGUCAAGUUCAUUUCAGGGUGCUGUAUGAAAGUACUUCACUUUUUCAACAGUUGUAUUCAUUAAACAGUUUGAGAUUACAUUGCAUUUUGUCUUUUAUUUCAAGCAUUUAACAGAGUUUGCUAUAUUGUAUUAUAUUUCACAGCUGGGUAUGCAGGAUUUAUACUUUUAAUAGUUCUGUCCUUUUGACAGUUACUCAUUUAUUCAGUUUCUACUGAAUUUCUCACACUACUUGGCUUUUCCUGCAUUUUGACUAGAGAAGAAAGAAAUAGUAAGACACAUUCUUUAAGGAAAAAGUACCGGUAGUUAAUUCCUCCUAACUUAAGGGGACACUCCUAAUACAGAUAUUAUACAGAGCUGAUCAGCUGAUGUUGAGAAAGAUUGAAAUAGUUUUUGCUUGUUAUCCAAAGCAAAUAUUUAGCAGGAAGACAGUGAUGAAAGACUAGACACAGCAACUGGACUUUCUGAUUACCAGAUCAGUAUCAUGAUUUUUAUUCUCCCCUUUUCGUGUACGCCUCUUUUUAGAGAUACUUAACGUUGAGUCCCAUGUAGAAAAAAAUUAAUUAAAUUGUGUACGUGUGCACUCAAAGUGGGGACAGGGGUGCACACACAAUCCGCACCCCCAGGGUGGUCCUCCAUAGUCACCGACCUUUGCCUUGUUGUGUGGGAAUGGUCUUCGAGGGGCCUCCGCUUGUGUUUACUUGAAGCUGGGUUGCUGAUCACAUGGAGGAGUCUAGUCUCAUUCAAGCAAAAGUGAACAGAAACUCCCUGCAGACUUUUCCUAUACAACACAAGAGAAGGCAGAGAACUGACCGUGUGUGUUCAGUGCAGGCAAGGAUGUUUGGGACUGGACUUAUAGAUGCACCCCUGUCCACGCUCAGAGAUUUUGUGUGUUUAGGCAAAUUCCUGAACACAGAACAUGUUUUUGUUUUGAGAUGUGAACAGUGGCAAACAUUUACUGGUCCUUGACUGUGGCAGUAAAGAUUUGAUUUGAUAGUGACCAACUAUAAAAUUCCUCUUCCUGUUGUAGAAGAAGUCUAGGCUGUUUCAAGCUUGUCUAGUUGGAAGUACGUUUUUUCUAAUGGUUUAAUUUUUGUAGUUUCUUUUUGGCUAUUUUUGUUUUCACCUGAUGUCAUCAAACUGAGAAUUGAUACUGCUGAAGAGCACAUUAGCUUCAUUAAAAGGAAACAAUCAUGUAAUGAGGCAAAGUCUGUGAAGCCCUCGGCUGCCCUCUCUGCGUUUGUUGCAUAUGCACCCUCACUUUCCUAGGUUUGGGCAUAUUGACCCUGCUGCCAUAGCUCCUGUUUAACCAAGUCUACCUUACCUAGUUAAAAAGAUAAGUAGAAAGUUAUGUUUUAAUCAGAGUAAGGUAAAGGGUAAAGAGACCCCUGACCAUUAGGUCCAGUCAUGGCCAACUCUGGGGUUGCAGCGCUCAUCUCGCUUUAUUGGCCAGCAUGUGGCCAGCAUGACUAAGCCGCUUCUGGCAAACCAGAGCAGCACAUGGAAACGCCGUUUACCUUCCCGCCGGAGCAGUACCUAUUUAUCUACUUGCACUUCGAUGUGCUUUCGAACUGCUAGGUUGGCAGGAGCAGGGACCGAGCAAUGGGAGCUCACCCCGUCGCGGGGAUUCGAACCGCCGACCUUCUGAUCGGCAAGUCCUAGGCUCUGUGGUUUAACCCACAGCGCCACCCACGUCCCAUUUAAUCAGAGUAGAUCCACUGAAAUGAAUGGACCCAGGUUGGUCAUGUUCAUUAAUUACAAUGGGUGUACUCUGAGUAAAAUGUCUUCAGAGAACCCGAUCUACGUUGAUUUCUUAGAGGAACACUUUGUGCCUGCUGUGGCCUCCCUUUAGAUAGGAUGCACUAUAAAUGAUAUUGGAUGA